AUGAAGGUUAAGGACGUGCUGACAAAGAUAGUGCCAAGGUCAAUAUUGACGAGCAGAGGAUAUCCGACAAUAGAGGUUGAUCUUCAGACAUCAAUGGGAACAUUCCGGGCAUCCUGUCCAUCUGGUGCAUCCACCGGAUCUAAGGAGGCUAUGGUGAUUUUGGACGGAGACGAUGAAUACAAUGGAAGAGGAGUGAAGCACGCCAUACAAAAAAUUAAUGUAAUGGAACAAAAUUUAAUGAUGCUUUCAUGCAAUGCCACAGAUAUAAAUGGCAUAGACAACUAUCUUUUGAGUCUCGAUAGCAGCCCAAACAAAUCGAAUGUUGGUGGAAAUACAAUGAUUGCACUGUCUAUGGCAUUUUGUAAGAUGUGUGCAGCGUUUUCUAGUAUGCGUGUUGAUGAGUAUUUAUCAAUUACUAGUGGAUUUGAUAGGAAAAUGCCUGUUCCACACUUCAAUCUCCUGAAUGGUGGGGCACAUUCUGGAAAUGGAAUGAGUGUUCAGGAGAUCAUGGUUGCGUAUCAGUAUGAUGAUUUAGAAAGAAACAUCGAAUCUGUAUGUGUACUUUACGAAUCUUUGAGAAAGCUUAUCGCAGAAGAGUACGGAAGUCUUUAUGUGUCUGUAGGAGACGAGGGAGGCUAUGCGCCUCCAAUAAAAAGCAUUGAAGAAGGACUUGAUCUUAUAAUAAAAGCAUCAGAGAUGUGUGGAAGAACAAACUUUAGGUUUGCCAUUGACUUUGCAGCCAACGAGUUCUACAGAGAUGGGAAGUACAUCUUUGAUGGAAAUGAAUACUCCACCUCUGAGCUAGGAAAGAAGUAUCUUGGAAUACUUGCGAGCUAUCCACAGAUAUACAGCCUUGAGGAUCCUUUCAACGAAGGCGACUAUGAGGGAUGGAAAUGGCUCACUCAAAAUGCCGGUGCUAGUGUUAAUAUAGUUGGAGAUGAUCUGACAGUUACAAAUUCUCGUCUUGUUGAUGAUGCAGGGGCAAAGAGGUUAUGCAAUGUGCUUUUGGUAAAGCCAAAUCAAAUUGGAACAGUGAGUGAGGUGAUUGAGGCAAUAAAGAUUGCACGAAUGCACAACAUGAAAAUAAUGGUAUCACAUAGAAGUGGGGAAACCGAAGAUUGUUUCAUCAGUGAUCUUGCAGUUGGUGUUGGCGCAGAAUACAUUAAGGCAGGUGCACCAUGCCGUGGAGAAAGAGUUGCAAAGUACAAUCAAUUACUCAGACUGAAUGAAAACAGACAUAAUGUGUAA